CACGCACCAUUUUUUCGCGCCACAAAACACUUAAAAAAAAAAAUGCCACCCUCUUCUUCCAACUACUACUGUUCUUUGCUCAAAGUUUGCUGCGAAAUCCGCAAUAUUAACCAACUCAAGAAGCUCCAUUGCCUCAUAAUCAAGGCUUUCAUAGACCCAGAAACAUUCUUAUUGAAUAACAUCAUCAGCUCUUAUGCAAAACUCGGCAGAAUCAGAUAUGCACGUACGGUGUUCGACAAAAUGCCCCAACCGAAUGUAUACUCGUGGAACAGCAUUCUUUCUGCGUAUUCAAAACUGGGUCAGGUUUCUGAGAUGGAAAACUUGUUUGUUGCCAUGCCAACCCGUGAUGUGGUGUCUUGGAAUUCCCUUAUUUCGGGGUAUGCUGGUUGUGGUUCCCUUGACCAAUCAGUGAAGGCCUAUAACUUGAUGUUGAAUGAUGGGCUGUACCAUCUGAAUAGGAUCACGCUCUCGACGAUGCUUAUUCUUGCAUCUGAUCAGGGGUGUGUCUAUUUGGGACAGCAGAUUCAUGGGCAUGUGGUGAAAUUCGGUUUUGGGUGUUAUGUUUUUGUUGGGAGUCCUUUAGUGAAUAUGUACUUGAGGAUGGGAAUGGUAUCUUCUGCAAGGCAAGCUUUUGAAGAAGUGUCGGAGAAGAAUGUGGUUUUGUAUAAUACUUUGUUGACGGGGCUUAUGCGAUGUGGUAGGAUUGAAGAUUCGAGGCGUUUGUUUUAUGAUAUGCGAGAGAGGGAUUCGAUUUCUUGGACAACAAUGAUCACAGGGUCUGCUCAGAAUGGGUUGCACGAAGAAGCUAUUGAUUUUUUCAGAGAGAUGAGAUUGGAAAAUCUAGAGAUCGAUCAGUACACAUUUGGAAGUGUGUUAACUGCAUGUGGUGGUCUUAUGGCUUUGCAAGAAGGCAAGCAGGUUCAUGCUUACAUAAUUAGGACUGAUUAUAAGGAUAAUAUAUUUGUCGGCAGCGCUCUUGUUGACAUGUAUUGCAAAUGCAAGAGUAUAAAAUCAGCAGAAACGGUUUUCAAGAGGAUGUCCUGCAAGAAUGUUAUCUCUUGGACCGCAAUGUUGGUGGGAUAUGGACAGAAUGGUUAUAGUGAAGAAGCUGUUAAAGUCUUUUGUGAUAUGCAAAACUUUGGGAUCGAGCCAGAUGAUUUUACCCUUGGGAGUGUAAUUAGCUCAUGCGCAAACCUUGCAAGCUUAGAAGAGGGUGCCCAAUUUCAUGGGAGGGCUCUGGUUUCUGGCCUGAUUUCUUUUCUUACUGUUUCCAAUGCACUAGUUACAUUAUAUGGGAAGUGUGGGAGCCUUGAAGACUCUCAUCGACUUUUUAAUGAAAUGACCUUCAGAGAUGAAGUCUCUUGGACAGCACUUGUUUCUGGAUAUGCACAGUUUGGUAAAGCCGAUGAAACAAUCAGGUUAUUCGAAACAAUGUUAGCACAUGGUUUGAAACCCGACAAGGUUACUUUCAUUGGGGUUCUUGCAGCUUGCAGUAGGGCAGGACUAGUAGAGAACGGAAAACAGAUAUUUGAAUCGAUGAUUAAGGAACAUGGGAUUACGCCAAUUCAAGAUCAUUACACCUGCAUGAUUGACCUUUUUAGUCGAGCUGGUAGAUUAGAUGAAGCAAGGAAUUUUAUAAAUAGGAUGCCUUUCGGUCCUGAUGGAAUUGGUUGGUCAACCUUAUUAAGUUCAUGUAGAUUCCAUGGAAACAUGGAAAUUGGCAAGUGGGCUGCUGAGUCUCUCUUGGAAUUAGAACCACAUAACACUGCAUGCUACAUCUUACUUUCCAGCAUCUAUGCAGCCAAAGGGGAAUGGGAAGAAGUUGCCAAAUUAAGAAAAGGGAUGAGAGAUAAGGGACUGCGAAAGGAACCAGGAUGUAGCUGGAUCAAAUAUAAGAACCAAGUAUACAUUUUCUCUGCGGAUGAUCAGUCAAAUCCAUUUUUGGAUCGGAUAUAUUCUGAGCUUGAAAAGCUGCAUGACAAAAUGAUACAAGAAGGAUAUGUGCCUGAUAUGAAUUCUGUUCUGCAUGAUGUUGGGGAUUCAGAGAAAUUAAGAAUGCUUAAUCAUCAUAGUGAAAAGCUUGCUAUUGCCUUUGGAUUGAUAUUUAUUCCUCCUGGUCUCCCCAUAAGAGUAGUUAAAAAUCUGAGGGUUUGUGGGGAUUGCCACAAUGCCACUAAGUAUAUAUCUAAGAUCACCCAGAGGGAAAUUCUAGUGAGAGAUGCUGCCCGGUUCCACUUGUUUAAAGGUGGAACGUGUUCUUGUGGAGACUUUUGGUGAAGUCCACUUGUGUAAAGCAAUUUAUCAGAAUUUCAAAAUGUGAUGAACGAAACACGAGAUCUGGCAUAACUGAGACUUAUGAGAUCACUUUCUUCAAAGAGUAUGGGUGAAUGCAUUUGUUUUGGCUAUCCUAUAAUUCUUUAAAAACUUGAACUAAAUGACAGAUUGUGGUCCUCACUUGGCAUAUGACUCAACAUUGUUGGUUGUC